CACCGCGACAACCCGCUUCAGGACUGCAAACCUCUGACGAAUCCGACCGAUAUCGAGAAACGGGAUCCGAUUACAGCGUAUACGAGAAGAUAAGGUUGCCCAACAUGGCUACGCCCAAGACCAAGCACGACUGGGCCGACGACGAAGACGUCGAGGAGACGUCGACCGAGCUCCCCGCGCCCCAGACCAUCAGCAACAAGGACGGCACCAAGACGAUCAUCACCUUCCGCUACAAUGACCAGGGCAAGAAGGUGAAGAUGACCCGCCGCAUCCGCUACACGACGCACACCGAAAAGGUGAACCCGCGCGUCGCCGACCGCAAGACGUGGUCCAAGUUCGGCCUCAGCGCCAAGGACCCGGCCGGCCCUGCUCCCGACACCACCUCGGUCGGCGAGAACAUCAUCUUCCGCCCCAGCACGAACUGGCGCAAGGACGAGAAGGAGGCGGGCGAGGACCCCGGCGCCCAGGCCCUCAAGGACAAGCUCAAGGACAAGCAGGUCAAGUGCCGUAUCUGCAACGGCGAGCAUUUCACGGCCCGCUGUCCCUACAAGGACACCAUGGCGCCCGUCGGUGCCGACGGCGCCGACGUUGCUGCGGGCUUGCCGGACGACCCCGCCCCCGCGGCUGGCGGCGCCGGAGGUGCUGGCGGUGCCGGUGCCAAGAAGGGCAGCUACGUCCCGCCUGCGCUCCGCGCUGGCGCGACUGGCGGCGCGGGUGCGGGUGACAGGAUGGGAGGCAGCAAGUACGGCGAGCGGGACGACCUCGCCACGCUGCGUGUCACCAACGUUUCGGAGAUGGCAGAGGAGCAGGAGCUGCGCGACAUGUUCGAGCGCUUCGGACGCGUCACGCGUGUGUUCCUGGCCAAGGACAGGGAGACGGGACUGGCCAAGGGCUUUGCCUUCAUCAGCUUUGCGGACCGGGGCGACGCCGUCAAGGCCGCGGCCAAGAUGGACGGUUUCGGUUUCAAGCACUUGAUUCUCAGAGUCGAGUUCGCCAAGAAGGCGGCCUAAGUUGGAGGGUGAGGGUGACGACGGGGAUGAAGAUGGCGGUAACGAAUGUUUUGAUGCUACUACUGGAGACACGGCUACGGCAAUACGGGUUUACAAAAAUUUGGCAUCCGCUUUGGGGAUAACGGUAGUUUUUUACAUCCC